AUGUCGUCAAACAAGCAGAGAGUCCAGUGCUUCGGCAAGAAGAAGACGGCCACCGCCGUCGCCCAGUGCGUCAAGGGCCAGGGCCUCAUCAAGGUCAACGGCCGCCCGCUCAACCUCGUCGAGCCCGCCACUCUUAGAUACAAGGCAAGCACCAACAUUUGCGUUUACGAGCCUCUUCUGGUCAUCGGCCUUGACCAGGUUGCCAACAUGGACAUCCGUGUCCGGGUCACCGGAGGUGGUCACACUUCGCAGGUCUACGCCGUCCGCCAGGCUAUCGCCAAGUCGAUCGUUGCCUACUACCAGAAGUUCGUCGAUGAGCACAGCAAGAACCUGCUCAAGCAGGCCCUGACACAGUACGACCGUACACUUCUUGUCGCCGACAACCGCCGUUGCGAGCCCAAGAAGUUCGGCGGUCCUGGUGCCCGCUCCAGAUUCCAGAAGUCUUACCGUUAA